AUGAAAACGCAUUCUCAACCGGCUAAGACAAAGGGUACUCCGAAGAAAUUCAAGCCUACACCGAUUGACAACUCGACCACACGUGCUCCUUCGUAUUGUGAGCACGUCGAUGAACUUUUUCCUGACUCAUUGACGUCUAAAUCUCAAAAGUUUCAAACAAGUUCAAACAAAGGAGCUCACAGAAGCAAACCGCCUCCGACACCUAUUCCGUCGAAAUUUCCAAUCAUCGAAGAGAUGCCUAUUCCACCGAAAAUUCCAUUCAUCAAAGAGAUGUCGGUUUUUAUGCACAGGUAUAUCAAACGAAUCGAUAAUGUUACAGGAGACGGUGAUUAUGGUUACCCGGCCGUCUCGGGGUUGCUUGGUAAUGGAGAGGAUAGUCAUACGCUUGUCUGUUACCAACUUAUCCAAGAGUUAAAGACGCAUAAAGACUCGUACACGCAAUUAUAUGGAGAGGUAGUUAAAUUUGAAGCGGUUAACAAAGCUCUUGUUCAUUAG